UAUCUCAACCAUCAGAUCUCACGGUUUCUUUGUUCUCUCUCGGUCCAUCUCUCUCUGUGUCUGACUCUUAUCUGUCCUCUUGGCUGGUGCGUCUGAGAUUGAAAUCCAAAGAGCAUGGGCGUGGCACAAAACAAUAUCGAUAUGGAGGAGGGAACUCUGGAGAUUGGCAUGGAAUACCGAACAGUCUCUGGAGUUGCUGGGCCGUUGGUUAUUCUUGAGAAAGUCAAGGGACCUAAAUACCAGGAGAUUGUUAAUAUUCGUUUAGGAAAUGGAACUACUCGGCGUGGACAAGUCUUGGAAGUAGAUGGGGAGAAAGCAGUUGUUCAGGUUUUUGAAGGAACUUCUGGAAUCGAUAAUAAGUUCACAACUGUACAGUUUACAGGCGAGGUUUUAAAAACUCCUGUCUCACUGGAUAUGCUUGGGCGCAUAUUUAAUGGUUCUGGGAAGCCUAUUGACAAUGGCCCUCCUAUUUUGCCUGAAGCUUACUUGGAUAUUUCUGGGAGUUCCAUCAAUCCUAGUGAGAGAACAUAUCCUGAGGAAAUGAUACAGACUGGGAUUUCUACAAUUGAUGUCAUGAACUCAAUUGCUAGGGGACAAAAAAUUCCGCUUUUCUCAGCUGCUGGUCUCCCGCAUAAUGAAAUUGCAGCCCAGAUCUGUCGUCAGGCUGGUUUGGUGAAGCGAUUGGAGAAAUCUGACAAUCUUCUUGAGGAUGUAGAAGAGGACAAUUUUGCAAUUGUCUUUGCAGCUAUGGGAGUGAACAUGGAGACAGCACAGUUUUUUAAACGUGAUUUUGAGGAAAAUGGAUCUAUGGAGAGAGUGACUCUCUUCCUAAACCUGGCAAAUGAUCCUACAAUAGAACGUAUCAUUACUCCUCGGAUUGCUCUGACCACUGCUGAAUAUCUGGCAUAUGAAUGUGGGAAGCAUGUCCUUGUCAUCUUGACUGAUAUGAGUUCUUAUGCUGAUGCUCUUCGUGAGGUUUCUGCUGCCCGAGAAGAAGUACCUGGAAGACGUGGCUAUCCUGGUUAUAUGUAUACUGAUCUGGCAACCAUUUAUGAGCGUGCCGGACGUAUUGAAGGGCGAAAAGGAUCUAUUACUCAAAUUCCUAUCUUGACUAUGCCCAAUGAUGAUAUUACACAUCCAACUCCAGAUCUUACAGGUUACAUCACUGAGGGGCAGAUAUAUAUUGACAGGCAGCUUCACAAUAGGCAGAUAUAUCCUCCAAUCAAUGUACUUCCUUCGUUGUCUCGUUUAAUGAAGAGUGCCAUCGGUGAAGGGAUGACUCGCCGGGAUCAUGCUGAUGUGUCCAACCAGCUGUACGCAAAUUAUGCAAUUGGGAAGGAUGUGCAGGCAAUGAAAGCUGUGGUUGGAGAAGAAGCUCUUUCUUCUGAGGAUCUGGUCAUAAUUGAUAUCCUUGACAAAUUUGAGAGGAAGUUUGUUGCUCAAGGAGCAUAUGAUACCAGGAACAUUUUCCAGUCACUUGAUAUAGCAUGGACCUUGCUCCGCAUCUUUCCACGCGAGCUUCUCCACCGCAUUCCGGCGAAGACGCUUGACCAAUAUUACAGUAGAGAGUCAGCUAAUUGAUGCCAAAACACAGAUGUCUGCACUUACUUGAUCUCCUCGAUUUCUUUGCCUUGGCAUGAGCUUUUGUAUUUUUAUCUGUCGAGUUCGAGAAUAAAAUUUACAUCUUCUAGGAUCCCCUAGAGCAACACUCUCCGGAAAAGCUGAAAGACACAGAUAUUCUUUUGUUGAGCGCAAUUAGUGUGUGUAAUUAUUAUCAUUAUUGUCGUUGCCCAAAUAUAUCACGGGCUUUGCCUGUUAAGUUGAAGGGAUAUUGAGGGCUUCUAGGACACUCGACGCCCAUAAGAUAUUGUUACGUCUGUUUUGCAUCUCGAAACAUGUAUUCUUGUGUUUUUCAUGAAGGAUUCUUUUUUUUU